AUGGCUCUCGCCAGUGCCUCACAAGUCUUUUCGAUUGUUCCUUUGAGCGGUACCAGCCCUAUCCAUCUGGGCGCUGUCGGCACGUACGACAACGGACUUGCCAUUGGUCCAAAGCAAAAUGCUUCUUGCGGUGUUCCCGAUGUCAACUACGCUAGCUUCUUCCUGAGCGACGAGCCCAACAAUCUCUACCUCUACACCGACAACCCUCCUCGCCGGGCAUUCGUCGACCUCUCCGAGUUCGGUAACAGCCGCAUCCGUUUCUACAGCGGAGUCGCCCCAACCCCCGACGAGAACUUUGAGCUUGCUCAGUUCACCAUCAAGGACGACGCCUUGUUCCUCGUCGACCACUCUCCCGAGGGAGUCCGCGCCCUCAAUUUCCAGGGCUGCCCCCUCCGCAACGGCGAAGGCUACAGCGUCAACGUCAACAACCCCGAGUUCCCUGCCAGCCCCUCAUGCAUUGAAUUCACCGCAAGGGUCUCCUACACAGACAAGCCCAUCAAGUGCCUCUACAACGAUAUCCGUUUGUAA